ACACGGUGCAACGGCGAUCCGCCGUUGACCUCCUCGCCGCUAAUGUCCAACACACAACCUCCCCCUGGGCAUCCUCGCCAGCCGAUGAGCUACCCGAGGCCAUCGUCCUACCAGCCCGCCGGUAUGCCUCAUGCCGCACACUACGCAUACCCACCACAAGGCCUCCCCCCGAAUGACCCAUAUCGACCGGCACCGACUUCUUUGCCCAGUAUGAGAACCCUUGACCACCAGCAACAGCAACAGCAGCAGCAGCACGCAUUGCCCAUUGCUUCGCACAUGGCGGGAUCAAUGCCCCCAUCACAGAUGGCAAUGGGUUACUACGGUGUCCACCCCGGUGCGUACACAAUCCACCCAGACCCGAAUGCGAUGCGCUUCGCCAUUGCGCCGGGAAUGUCGCAUGACCCGCGCAUUGCGUUGAGCGGGGGAAGACACAAGAAGGAAAUCAAGCGACGGACUAAAACUGGAUGUCUAACAUGUCGCAAGCGAAGAAUAAAGUGCGACGAAGCACACCCAACGUGCGGCAAUUGCAAAAAGUCGAAACGCGAGUGCCUUGGAUAUGACCCCAUCUUUAAACAGCAGCAAGGCCCUGCGGCAAUUCAACCGGCUCUGAAUAGCCAGUCCUCCGCUCCUCCGCUUGCCACGACGCUUGCCUCAACACCAAUAGUGCUAUCCUCGACCACGCAGUCUUACCAACCAAUCAUUCUCCAGAAUUCAUACGCACCAUCCCUUCCGCCCAGUAUCACCUUCGGAUCGCCGGUGUCGUCGACACCGCAGAGUGUCAAGACGGACACUGGGUUUGACUUUUCCACCGCAAUCGAUCCGGCGCUUCAGGGGCCUGACGCAUCGAGCACCGUGGGCACUCCUGCAUCACAAUACCAGCAGAGCAAAUCAGAGGGCACAGACCAGGACAUCAGUGCUAAAACUCAACUCAGAGCAAAGAAGAUGAAGGUCGAUGAGCUCAUAGCACUUGGGGGCGCAUUGCCUCCGAUCCCAAGAUCGCCCGCUUCUGUGGGCGUACUUGGCGAGAUCACGAACCUCUACAACGAUAUAUACGUACCCGGUUUGACAAUGUUCUUCGAGACACAGUGGUAUAGGCUGGGAUCGGCCCAGACAAGCGCAUCAAAAACUCCAGAAGCAAUGUUACACGCCAACGAACCACUAAUUGCCCUUUUCGCUACCUUCCUCGAUAAUAUAUCAGGGAUUAAGAGCACCGACCCUGCCGAUAUGGUGUACGCUGGCCACCUCGAAACCUGUCUAGUUUGGGCCCUUGCUAGUCUGCCGAGUUCAUACAUGCCAAAGGUUGACGAUCGCCCAUUCCCCGAUUCGAUUCCCCCCGAGGACGAUCUUUGGGAGGCGCGCGCGCGCCUACACGUCUUCGAGACGCUUGUCUCGAACACGACUGUUUCGAGGAAUCCUCUCUUCCCUGCUUCGGGUAGCGACAAUAGCUCGACUCGGAAGAGCGAAUUUGAGUUUUGGCAUCAUUUGGGUCAAUACCUCCUCCAGUCGCACUCGUCAUCCUCAGAGUCAGAUGCCUCGUUUAGAGAACACUAUUUGGGCCUGAUGAGAUCUCUUCUUGACGGCCGAGAGAACCGCGACGUCCUCUACAGCAUUGCCGUCUUGCGAGAGUACACGUUACAUUGGGAUGCAUCCCUCAACGAGGAAGCCGUACCGACGCAUCUGGAGGAAUCCGAUCCCCGCAGUAAGCUUGCGGUAGCCACGAGGUUUAUCCGCGAAGAGUCUACUUCUGCAGGUGGUACGACUAAUGUUGUUCGCCGCUUCUCGGACAUCGCGUAUCGGGCCUUUGUUAGGCCAGGCGUCAACGUGAAUAGAACUUGAGCAGGAGGAUACCUGGACAACCUUUACGAUUAUACGCACACAGGGUGGUUUGAAAACGCACAUGUUACGAACCCUCGACAUGACUGUGCCCCAUUCACAGGGUCCGGCUCACAAUCCAGCACACACGUGACCGCAUACUUUAUGUCUUGUUUUGCCGCAAGGUUUAUGGAGCAGCCAGACAAUUUCCUUAGCCUGCAUUUACGAUUUUAGAGAUAAAAGGACGGCGUUACUGGCUUGCAAGCUAUGUUUUCGUUGGAAGGGGGCGGGGCUAACGGAUAACCAUCGACGAGGCUGGUCAAUGGAACCAAAAGAUAAGGAGGCGGGUGGCAAAUGGCAUGAUGCGGCAUGGUACGGCAUAUUAAGUCCACGGUGCAUAGGGAGGUUGGGAUACUUUAAAGCGCUCGCAUUUGCAUUUAUCGGCAAG